AAAGCCACCUAACUUUAACGCAUACAACUUGGCUUUUUCUUCAUGGGAUAGUACAAAAACGUUUCCUCAAUUCUGAAGUCGCGUACAAACAGAUAACCACAACGUAUUUCCUCACUGAAAAGCCCAGAAAGCAUUCAUUUUCACAAUUUUCUUGGCCUCAGAAAUGGAGAAACCAUCAGCAGCUUCAGCAGGGGGAAAUAACGAUAAUCGAGGAAAAAGGGCCCCUGUUGAAGUCCCUUGUGGAUGUAGAUUUGACCCAACCGAUGAAGAAUUGAUGGUUUAUCUGAGGAACAAAAUUAUGGGUGGUCGCGAUGAUUUGCCUGACUAUAUUUCCACCGCUGAUGUUUUCGGAACAAGCCCUAAUCAGCUCCCAUUUGAUAGGUGCGAGUAUAGUGCUGGAAAGAAAUGGUUUUUUUAUACCGUAGGGCAAAAUGACGAUGUGUUCACUGGAGAUGGUUAUUGGACCCCUACAUCUGAAGAAGCUAUCUGCAUUGAUGGUCAAGUAGAUGGUUACAAGAAAGAAUUCACGUACUAUUGUGGAACGGAACAUCCUGGGAAUAGAACCAAUUGGUACAUACACCAAUUCAGGCUAAAUCCAGACGUGUAUGGAGCAAGUGCAGUUGGCAAUAAUCUUGACUAUAAGAUAUCAAGUGUUGUAGCCUGCAUGGUAUUCCGUAAGGAAGCCGUAGUGCAAUCGAAUCGCAGAAAGAUAAAAAGAAAGAGAAAGAACUAGUGAGCUUUUAGGCGACCAGAAGAUCAGAGCUUGUAAUCGAAACAUCGAACUGGUAGGAAGAGGUGAUGAAAUUCAAGCUUUGCAGAAUCAAGUUCCCUAGAUUGCAAACAUUCAUGCAAUGUAUAGAUUUUGGGUUGUUUGUAUUAACUUUAUGAUUAUGUUGCCUAUCUUUCACAUCAAAACGUAUUUUUGAUAUGUCUUCUAGUUGUUUUCAACAUAUUUCUUCGUCGUUGUUUUG